AUGGACACCUUUGUACCAGCGUCUUCUUUUAAUACAGAGCAACUCGCUGGGUCAACAUUAGUUUUGCCUUCAGUGUCGAUCGGCAACGUCCCACAACUCACAUGCGACUUAUUCGUGCACACCUUGGGUCUGGAACGAGUUGGUUUUAUCAAUAAUGAUGCCGUCAUGUCCGUAGCCGGCAAGAGAGAAGGGGUACAAGGUCCUGGUGUUGCUGUUGCUGUAGAAGUAUAUCAGUCAAGUGAUCGACGAUGGACAAUGAUUCAACAACGUGCACCUACAUACAAGGGCAAACGACGAGGAUACAUCAAAGAUCUGGUGGCAUUUGUGCAAAAGUACAAGUUCGAUCAUGUGAUGGUGUUGACCAGUGCCGAUGCAAGUCUUCGAACCGAUGCUCAAAUCACCAGUGUACCAUUUCGUGUGGUGGGCACCGAGGAUGCUAUUCUCCAAAAGGCGCAAGAUAUUGGUAUCCCAAGAUUGGACACAGAUGAAAAGGAUGUACAUGGCACAGGCAUGGGAGUUCCCUUCUUUAGUGCACUCAAAGAAGCCCACAUCAACACAACUAUGAUGAUCAUGUUUGCCCUGGAAGGCGAUAACGUUAAUGAUGCCGUUCUCUUUACCAACAUGUUUAAUACUCUAUUUCAGUUACGAGCGGACCAAGGAUCAUGGACACCACCUCCAAGCUGGGACUUCUUGUUUGGUACCCCAUUUAAUCAAGAGUUGUAUCAGUAA